AUGAAUAAACGUGAUAUUCUGUUAUAAGCACGUGAAGGGUAUGUAUUAAUCAAUUAAUUUAGUCGUAAAUAAUCUGAAUAGUAACUGAGUCUUUUAAUGAAUCGAAUUAACCUCAUAUAAUAAAAUCAACUCAAAGUCAUUCGAAGGAUUAAAUUGCAAUAGAAGUCUGUUGAAAUGAAACAAUUCAUACAAUCCGAACACGAUUCAUUUAAUUAGAGUGUUAUAUACACAUUAUUAUGAUAGAGACUAAUUUAGAAUAUGCAAAAAUUAUAGCAAUUACAGCAAACGUAAUUAAUGGCAAAAACAAAAAAACAAUAAAGUGAAGAGGGACGUAAGAAAACAUAAGAACAAUAAAGAUGGAUUAAGUAAUAAGAGACUUAAAACUUGAAAAUUAAGAAACUUGAAUUAGAGAGACAAAUACAGUAAUAAAGAGAAUCUGAACUAAUUAAAAAUAUUGUCAGAUACAAAAAACUCAAAUAAUAAAGAGCAUAAUCAUAAAUUAAAAUGAGAAUUAGAUAAAAUUCUAAUGAAGAACUUAGAAAUAAGGAAUAUUCUUAAUUAUUAGAGGUUGAAUGUCAAAAAAGAAUAUAGACAGAAUAAUCUAUUCGCAAAUUAGAGUAGAAGGAAUAAUUAUUGAUUUAAGAACUAUAAACAUCAUAAUAGUUGAGUUCGACAUACUCACGUUAAUUAGUAUUAUUCUUUAUUAAUUUUAGGAUCCUAGAAACAUUACCAAAAUUAGAGCAAAGUCGUACUUUCUCUGA